CUGGUCUUGAGUGAGGUUCACACUUGCGGGUCGGUCAUGAUUGAAUUGACGGAGUGAUUGAGUAUUCGUGCUCGUCAAACUCACCCUGAGUACCUCUCUGACGGCGAUUCUCUUCCUCCUCCUCCUCUUCUUCUUUUCUUCUCCCCCUCCUCCUCUGCUUCCAUAUCUUGCUGGCUUUCCCAUUCUCUUUUUCGGGAUCUACUUCCCUUGCAACCACCCCCAGUCCUCGACCUGAUCUCCCUAUUUCGCAGUCCCCAGGUGCUGCUAACAGAAACCGGUCCCGCUACUUCAAUGGAAUAUGGGUCCUGAUCAACAUGCUCAAUUGGAUGGCUUCAGUCUAUUCCUUCCCUUUCCCUCGCGUGUGGCGGUAAUCUUACUGGCUGGGUUUUGGGGAUGGGGUGCCAAUCUGCAGUAUCUCUCAAAAGCGAAUAUUGACGUUCCCUCUCUCAUUCGAUACCCCCACCGCCAGUCCGCUAACCACCCACCUCAUUACGCCUCCGCCUACCGCUUAGCCACUCUCCUGACCAUCCCUCUCGUGAUCUCCCUUCUCAUCUUCUGGCCUGUCACCCACGGUUCCAGACAACGUGUCGAGUCGUUGGAUUACAUCCCGCAAUCAUACUUCUUCAUUGCCGGGAUCAUUCUGAUUCAACCCUUCAUACGGGUUGCGCGCUCGGGCCGAUUCCGCCUGUUCACUACUUUGAAGCGCAUUUGUGUUGGUGGAUUGGCGCAGCCCCAAGAUGGCAAGUUUGGGGACAUUCUCCUGGCUGAUGCCUUGACAAGCUACUCCAAAGUCCUAGGAGAUCUGGUUGUCUCCUUCUGCAUGUUCUUUACCGGGGAUCUGGGCAGUACAUCGAAACCGAACCGCAAAUGUGGGAACGGCUACCUUAUUCCACUUGUCAUCUCCAUUCCCAGUAUGAUCCGACUACGUCAGUGUCUCAUCGAAUACUUCCGCGUAUGGCAAGGUAGUCACAAGAAUGGGAACACGGGGGGCCAACAUCUGGCUAACGCAUUGAAAUACGCUACCGCAUUUCCUGUCAUCAUGCUCACGGCAAAAUUGAAGAACUACAACCCUCUGGAGUUCUAUGGAUUCAGCGAGACCGGUCUCUCACGACUUUUGUUUCUCUGCGCUCUGACCAACUCUGCAUAUUCAUUCUACUGGGACGUCACCAAGGAUUGGGACCUGACCCUUUUGUCGCCCUUACGCGACAGUCCAGAAUAUCCGUUUGGCCUCCGUCGCCACCGGUUCUUCGCUGAUCGUCAGUACUACCUUGCCGUUGGCAUCGACUUCGCCAUCCGCUUCUCGUGGCUCGCGCGAUAUGUGCCAGGUCUCGUCUGGCUAAGUGACACGGAAUUCGGAAUUUUUGUCCUCAUGUUUCUCGAGGUCGUACGCCGAUGGAUGUGGAUCUUCCUCCGCAUAGAGACCGAGUGGAUCAGGAACAGCCGCGGCCCAGCUCCGGAUGAUAUUCUGCUCGCCGAGUUCAGCGGUAAGCUGGAUGCGGACUGAUCAAUCCGGCGUAGGCGCUUUUUAGAUCGUGCUCGCCUCGUAUAUAUUGUAUAAUCUAUAGACGUU